UCGAGGUAUUUGGAUGAUGAUGUUGGACUCAAAAAAUAAAACAUUCCUUCAAAAGCAUGGUUGUACCCAACUAGAAAUUUAGAAAAAUAGGCAUGAACAGCAUCAAGUUGUAGCUGUAUCGGUUCGUACUCUCACAGCAUGGCUGUCUUGACGCUUUUUCGGAGCUCUUCAGUCGUCCCAAGGAUGAGGUGUAUAAUAACUGCCUUCUCGUUUCCUUAAUUUCACAAAGAAAACAAGAUGUCCUCUGCUGAUACCACUUAUCAAGAGCUUUGGAUUACACGAUGUCAGAUUCCCUCUCCUCAAUAUUCUGGGGAGGUUGAUACUGAUCCGGGAUACCGAUAUCAUGCUGAGGUUUCAACUCACGUUAAUGAUGGCUCAAGUCUCGAGGACAUGAGUGUGGACUUUCAUUCCUCGUCAGAUAAUCAUAGCCCAUACUUCUCUCCCACCGUUUCGUAUCAGGCCUCCAACUCUACAGGACAUCAAUAUCUGAACUCUAACAUGAAACCGGUCCCGCGACUUGAUAUUGGUAUUGUUGAUGACAUGGGUCAUCGUUACAAUUCACUCUCAGCAUCGACGACAUCAUGGAGUCCUUCACCUUCGAGCAUGUCCAUUGAUACCGAGGCUCUAUAUCUUAGAAGCCAGCAAUAUGGAUCUCCUCAAAGCUCGACACGGUCCGAAUCUUCUUUCAUAAACGGAUUCCCAUGCCAUUGUGGAACAGGACCCGAUGAUAAUGAUGGUCGUCAUCUGUCGGGAUCAGACGCGCUCUAUCUCGACGCUAUGGUUCAUUCCGAUCCCAAUGCCCUGACUUGUACCACUGUCUCUCCUCAGAUUCUUGGAUUGAGUUUUGAACAAGAAUUGACGCCAUUGAACUUUUUCAAUGAUCCUGUCUUAAUUCCCCAGGGAAAGACUCAAGUCGCUACUGAGCGGGUACUGGCUGCUAGUCGAAGACGGCGUGGACAGUUGAAACCGGGAGCGAAACUCCUGCAUUGUCACAUGUGCCAGGCAACAUUUACAGCAAAGCAUAACCUAACUAAUCACGUUAAUUCACACUGGGGAAAGAGGCCAUAUUCCUGUUCUUGCAGCCGCGCAUUUGGCACCAAACACGUACUCAAAAGACAUCAAAAGACGUGCCGGCUAUCUUUGCAAGACACGGAUAUUCUACGGUUGAUUUCUGAAUGACUUGAGGGAGGGUAGGAGGGGAAGAAAGAAAGGAAGUUGACGUUUGCAUAUUGGGUGAACAAUUUCCUGCCCCUUUGUCCAGUCAAGCCAGAUUAUCGUUCAUUUCUAUACAACAAUUGUAGAUGAUGCUCUCGCAAUCACUUCUAUCCAUACUUCCGAGACUCGUCAGGGUCCAAGGUUCCAUGCGGCUAUAGGAAUGCUCUAUACCCUUCUGCUCCUCGGAGAUCCAUGUUACACCUGACCUGAAAAUGGGUUGAACCUUGACGAAGCAGAGGGGCGACGUUAUGGCAAUUAUUUUCGAAAUUUCCAGUUAGAGAUGGGCGACUCACUAUACACACCAAAUCCUUGGUCGCUGUUCCGCAGCAAGGCUGGAAUGAUAGUAUUAAUAUCGUAGACUCUUGUUUCAGCGAAUGGACCCUGUAUUAAC